AUGGGCCUGGAGCUCUUCCUGGACCUGCUGUCGCAGCCCUGCCGCGCCGUCUACAUCUUCGCCAGGAAGAACAGCAUCCCCUUCGAGCUGCGCAUCGUGGAGCUGCUCAAAGGCCAGCACCUCAGCGAGGACUUUGCCCUGGUGAACCCCGCCCAGAAGGUGCCCGCCCUGAAGGAUGGCGACUUCACCUUGACCGAGAGUGUGGCCAUCCUACUCUACCUGACCCGCAAGUUCCAGGUCCCUGACCACUGGUACCCUCAGGAGCUGCAGGCGCGUGCCCGCGUGGAUGAGUACCUGUCCUGGCAGCACACGAACCUGCGGAGACACUGCCUCCGGGCCCUGUGGCAUAAGAUAAUGUUCCCCGUCGUCCUGGGCGAGCCCGUAUCUCCCGAGAUCCUGGAAACCACCCUGGCAGAGCUGGAUCUGACCCUGCAGAUCCUGGAAGACAAUUUCCUCCAGGACAAGGCCUUUCUGGUGGGGCCCCACAUUUCCCUGGCCGACCUGGUAGCCAUCACGGAGCUGAUGCAUCCCGUGAGUGCCGGCUGCCGGAUCUAUGACAGCCGACCCAAGCUGGCUGCAUGGAGCCAGCGCGUGGAGGCCGAGGUGGGGCGGCCCCUUUUCCAAGAGGCCCAUGAGGUCAUCCUGAGGGCCGGCAACUUCCCCCCUGCAGACCCUUCCGUAAAGCAGAAGCUGCUGCCCAGGGUGAUGGCCAUGAUAGGAUGA